AAAGCAGAGACUAAUCAAAUACAGUAUCCAACAACCUUAGUUAAUAGCUUAUCUAAAAACUUUUUGUACAUGCAGUUAGAAUUCUUGUGUCUAGGAGUUACGGUUUGUACUUUUAUUUAGAUCUACAUGAGAAGGUAAUAAUAAGGACAGUAAUGCAGAUUAUAUUACUCCUUGUGCUCGUGCUUUACGUCCAGGAAACAGUUCCCCAGCUGGUGCAGUGUUAUAGCACAUUUGAUCUAACAGAUGGAACAUGUGGUAAUAUUUUGGGGAAAGUGUCUUUUGAUGACUGCUGUAUGAACCCUUUAUAUGGCUACAAGGAUGACAGCAAUGUUUGCAAAUCUUGCAGGCAUGCUUCAUGGACUUCGUGGUCAUCCUGGGGUGCAUGCUCAAUGGCCUGUACUGAGGGCGUGAGGCAGAGAACACGUGCCUGCUAUGGCAUUGGCAAGUGUAAUGACCGAGAAGGUGUGGGAAAUAAACAAACUGAACCUUGUGAGGAAGAACCUUGCUGCCCAGAAAAUGGACAGUGGUCUGACUGGAGUCCUUGGGAGCCAUGCUCAGUUACUUGUGAAAAAGGCACAAAAAGGACAAGGACCUGCACUAACCCGCCUCCCAAAUGUCAUGGUUCUUGUGAGGGCAGCAGCGAUGAGUCUGAAAUUUGUGACACAGGGAUUGUCUGUCCAACUCAUGGAGGCUGGUCCGCAUGGGGAAACUGGGGUGCAUGUGGAGGGACCUGUAAAGUAGAAGGGGGUUUCACACCUGAACAGCAGAGACAAAGAACAUGUACAAACCCUUACCCAUCUGUUGAGCCACGUGGCAAUGAUUGCCCAGGCUCCAGCACAGAUAGUCAACACUGCACAAACCUGCCAUUUUGUCCAGUAAAUGGAAACUGGGGGCCUUGGUUAGCAUUCUCUGAAUGCUCUGUGACAUGUGGAGUGGGACAACGGACACAAAAUCGUAAUUGUGAUAAUCCUGCACCCAAACAUAAAGGCAGUGCCUGCUCAGGAGAAAAUAGUAGAACAGAGAUCUGUGUGGUUUCAAAAAACUGCCCAGCUAACGGUCACUGGGAUGAGUGGUCUCAAUGGGGCGAGUGUGAGUCAACAAAUGAAAGGGGAAUUACAUGCAAGAAUAGACUAGGGAGGAAAAGGAGAACAAGAAGUUGCGUAGGCAGGAAUUAUGGAGGAGCUCCCUGUGACGGAGACAUUAUAACUUUUGAACAGUGCUAUGAUAUUGAAGGCUGUAAAGCUGGUCCUGAUCAACAAAUACCACAAGCCAUAUGGUCAGAAUGGUCUAAAUGGGGUUUCUGUAAACCUGACUGUGGAGAAAAUUCCAUCCAGUCAAGGACGCGGAAGUGUAUACCUGACAUCUCAAAGUAUAGAGAGAGAAGAAUUGAAAUGUUCACUGGUAAACCGGAUAUUUCCUGCCAGCCUUUGACAGGAACCGAAAAAGCGGAAGAGAAUAGACCAUGCUUAAAUCUUCCAAAGUGUUAGAUCAUGUUUAUAUGCCCUCGGAAAUCUGACCAAUAAAAGAUUCUGUAUAUAAA